CCUUUCCCUUCAAUCUCACAUAACUUUCAUUUUCCUCUUUCCCCUCUCUCAUACAUAUUAAACUCCUUCCAUUUUUUCAUUAUCUCUAUAGUUGCUUUUGUUUCAACAAAAAUGGGAAAUUGUCUUGCUCUUUCCAAACCCAUUUCACAAUCAUAUUAUACAUCAUCCACCAUGGGAAAACUCGUUAAAGUAGCCAAAGAAGAUGGUAAAAUACUAGAAUUUAGUUCUCCAGUUUACGUCAAAGACAUCUUGACAAAUUUUCCUGGUAAUUAUGGUAUCGGUGUUUCAAAGAUCGCAACAGAAACUCUAUCACAAGAUCAUGAAUUGAAGGGUGGAAAAUUAUACUACUUGCUUCCUCGUAACAAAGAGGAAGAACCAGAAGCUGGCAUGAAGAGGGUCAAAGUUUUAAUAACGAAGCAACAGCUUCAACAGUUAGUGACGAAACAAAUAUCGUUACAAGAUUUAUUAUCAGUCGUUAAAGAAGAUGGUGUUCGUUUCAGAAGUGAUCGGAAACCAAUAUUGGACUCUAUACCGGAAGAAAAUGAGUAACAAAUAUAUUUAUGUGUCUUUUUUUUUUUUUUUUUUGAUUUUCUAGCUGUUUUGAUCUUUUGGUUUCUCUUCUUCCAUGUUCUGUUAUGGUUCUUUCUUUCUUUCUGUGGAAGACAUGGUAGAUGUUGUUAAGUUUUUUUUUUUCUUUUCUUAAGGACUCUUAGAAGGAAAUUAAUGAAUAAAUAAUGUAAAGGCUGACAUAUAACUUAAUAUGAAAUUGUUUAUUGUGAUUUUUGGUAUUACAAAUAAAUGUUUAGAAUUUCUAACUAGACCGGAUGGAUCUUUCACGCACAUGCGAAUUGACAAAAUUGCCCUCCUUAGAUGAAUUUUUGGAAGUAACUUUUUUUUUUGUUUAACGUUGUUUUGUUCCGUAGAUGCACAUACGGAUGCCUCCGUAGAUGCAUCUACGAAAGAAUUUGAUGCUAUAAUUCGCACCACACAAUUCUCAUCCCCAUUCUUCACUUUUCUCUUCUUCAACUUUCAUACUCUCCUCAACCUCAAAAAUCAAACUUCCCCAAAGCUUGUUUUCUUUCUCUCGAGUUCGGUCGAUAACGUCCACAUCAA